ACACCAAUACCAUAUCUCCUCGGAGGAGAGAGAGAGAGAGAGAGAGAGAGAGCAUGCCGAGCAUUGCUUCCCUUCUCUUCUCGCCUCUUCCUUCUCCUCUGCUCCGCCCACGCUCUCAUCCUUCUUCAUCUCUCUUCUUCCGUCGAAGCCCACAAUCCCUCAAUUAUCCCUCGAAAUUCCGACUCCUUACGGUUGCGUCUUCAUCGUCGUCUUCUUUCGAUGGUCUCAACUCCAGAAGAAGAUCGGAUGUCGAUGGCUCGAAGAAAUCGGUCCUCUUAAAUCUGAUACAAGAAGUAGAGCCUUUGGAUGUAAGCCUUAUCCAAAAAGAUGUUCCGGCAGAUACAGUGGAUGCCAUGAAAAGGACUAUCUCAGGCAUGCUUGGUUUGCUUCCAUCCGAUCGGUUUCAUGUCUUAAUUGAGGCCUUCUGGGAGCCCCUUUCCAGGUUGUUGGUUUCUUCAAUGAUGACUGGGUAUACACUAAGGAAUGCGGAAUAUAGGCUUUGCCUUGAAAGGAACCUUGAUAUACACGACAGCCAUUUUGAAAAACAGAAAGAAGACGGUGCAAAGCAUGAUGAUCAUGAGAUGUUGCUUCAUAGGAACACAAGAAUAUUUAAUUCGUCCAAUAAAGAUGAUUCCUUACCUGAAUCUGAAAGAACCAGAGAAGAUCUGCCCUGGGAAAAUACUGAUGUUCAAGGUCUUAAGGAAUUGACCCCUGAGGCUCGGGAUUAUAUUCUUCAGUUGCAGUCUCGUUUAUCUUCUGCAAAAAAUGAAUUACAUGAAAUGGAAAGGAAAAAUGCUGCCCUUCAGAUGCAAAAAUUUGUUGGGGAAGAAAAGAACGACUUGUUGGACUACUUGAGAUCACUGCAACCUGAAAAGGUAGCUGAACUAUCAGAACCAACAUCCCCUGAAUUGCAUGAUACGGUUCACUCUGUUGUACAUGGUCUCCUGGCAACACUUUCUCCAAAGAUGCAUUCAAAGGCUCCUCCCCAGUCUGAAAAUGCCCCAUCUGGAACCCUGAAUGUCGGGAAGGAAGAUUGUGCAGAGCUUCUUGAGAACACUUCCCUUCAAUUUCAGCCCCUUAUUUCAGUUACCCGGGAUUACCUAGCACGUCUGCUCUUCUGGUGCAUGCUAUUGGGACACUACCUUAGAGGUCUUGAAUACCGACUGGAACUGAUGCAGCUGCUGACUGUGUCUGGUGUCAAUGCCCAAGAUGGUGAGCAUGCUGCUUGAUAGCUGCUGAAGUUUUCCUUUACAUCCAUUCUUAAAGAGCACAAGUUGCCCAUUAAAAGCCGGCGAAGUGUCCCGUACACAGGCAUCAAUUGAGAGCUUAUUUCCAUGAAACAACACCUUUUGGGAGAGAUUUGGCCAGAAUUUCAACACGCGAAUGUCACGCGUAGAAUAUCUACAGUUAGCUUCAUAUUAGCAUGGAGUAGGGAAGGACUUGGGGUGUGUUUAGAAGUAUCUGGGUAACAUUGAGGCCUGAUAAUUGUGAAUGGAAUCCAGGUAAGGAAUGGAGGAAGAUGAUGAUCUCAAUGUCAGAUGGAUGGAGGCUUCUGUAUUCUCAGCCCUUUAAAAUGGCAAGAUGUUUUUUUUAUUAGCAAAUUGGGACCAUAAAUAGGAUCAAGGGAUAACCCAAAAUUGGUUGAGGUAAUGGUACUAAAGUUAGUACGUGUUAUCUUUGGAAAUAGCUACCUUCUCUU